GACGCGUUUGACCUCCGCACUAAUACUUACAGCCUAUACAUACACCCUCAUACACGUUUGUGUAUCUAUACACGCAGACACAUAGUUGUUAAAUUUCAUCUCUCUUGCGUGAAUCUAGGACAAAUGUUUCAGUUAAAUUUUAUAUAUUUUCUUUACUUUUCUGGAGAAAUUUUCAGAACAAAAAAUUUGACUGAAAAUUAUCUGUUCAAAUAACCGGAGAUACGAUGAGGAGAGGUGUUAAUGGAACCGAUGUUCUGGAGACUAUAAACGCCGCUGCUACUGCGAUCUCAUUGAAUGAAAAUCGAUUUCCUCAAUCUUCGAUUCAGAAAAGAAGGUGGGGAAGCUGCUGGAGCCUUUAUUGGUGUUUCGGAUCUCACAAGAAUAACAAGCGAAUUGGACAUGCCGUUCUUGUUCCCCAAACUCCGGAGACAGGAGCAGAUGCUCUCCGAUAUGAAAAUCCGACUCAACCUCCUUCCAUAGUAGUUCCUUUCAUUGCACCUCCUUCGUCCCCUGCGUCAUUCUUUCUGUCAGAACCUCCUUCGGCAACCCAGUCGCCAACUGGCCUAUCAUUGCACACCUCUAUAUCAGCAAGCAUGUAUUCCCCCAGUGGGCCUGCAUCAAUUUUCGCUAUUGGUCCUUACGCAUAUGAAACCCAAUUAGUCUCUCCACCGGUCUUCUCAACCAUCACUACGGAACCAUCAACUGCUCCAUUUACUCCUCCCCCGGAAUAUGUCCACCUGACUACACCUUCAUCUCCCGAGGUGCCAUUUGCUCGUCUUCUUGAACCUAAUCUUCAAAAUCGUGAAGCUGGUGAGAGAUACCCUAUAUUUCAUUAUGAAUUUCAGUCUUAUCAACUUCAACCUGGAAGUCCAGUGAGCCAUUUGAUCUCACCUAGUUCAGGCACCUCAUCGCCUUUUCUCGAAUGUGAGUUUGGAACUGGCGACCCUUCCAAGCUUUUUAACUUGGACAAGCUGGUGCUUCGCGAAGGGGAAUCACACCAAGGAUCUGGCACGUUGACUCCGGAUGCUGUGGGGCCUGGACCUCGUGAUAGUUUACUUUUAAACCGUCAGGAUUCGGAUGUUGGUCCCCUUCCAGAUAUAUGCAAAGGAUUGCAGAAUGAUAAGACAGUGGUCAAUCAUAGAGUUUCUUUUGAGAUAACUACACCAGAAGUUAUAAGAUGCGUGGAAAAGAAACCAGCAGCUUUACCUGUAGCCGUGGUUGAACCUGUUGAGAAUGUGGAAUUUACUGGAGAGAAAAACCCUAUUGAAAUUGUGCACGAGUCCUCUACUGGGGAAAUGUCCAACACCGCGUCCGUAAAAGCUCGUACAGAUGGUGAUGAUGAACGACAGUGGCAUAAAAAAAGUCGGAAUAUCACUCUUGGGUCUGCCAAAGAAUUCAACUUCGACAAUAUCGAUAGUGGAAAUUCCAUUGAGCAUAAAAUUGGCUCCGAUUGGUGGACAAAUGAGAAGAUACUUGGAGACGAGGGAGGGCCUUGUAAGAACUGGUCUUUCCCGAUUGUACAGACAGGUGCCAGCUAAUUGUCCGAUGGUACUCGAAAAAGAAGUUAAAAUAUUAAAUGGGUUUUAGGUAGUCACGUUUUGCAGGACUGACACUACACGAAGACAUUUUUGGAGCACUUCCUAACCCCGAAAAAGAACAGACAGGAUGUAUUCUUAGCAUAAAGGUUUAACCCUAAUCUUGAGGGCUCCCACCGACCCGCCCUAUGGAUGUAUUCUUAACAUAUUGAUGAUACUAUGAUGCUCAAGACGAAAACUGUCUUAAGAGUAUCUACAUAUUUUAGCUUAGAGUUUUCAUAUGUAAAAUAAAAAUAAUGAUUAGCGAUAACUUUGAUAGGUAUGGUCUUAGAUGAUGAUUUUGCUAGGAUAAACGACGUUGUCCGUCUCCCUAAUGUAUUUUAUGAAUGUUUGUUACAAUUUAUUUAGCAUGCCCUCAGAAGUAUGUAUGUUGUAAAUAUACUAUUGUUGUGAAUGUGUUCUUGUUUACUGUCAA